AUGAAUAUCGAAUCUAAAGUUACCAAGGGCGAUGAAACAGUGCUUGCUCGAAAUGAAAGCAGUGACGCGACUAAGAACGUUUCCCUUCGUGAGCUGUUUGAACAGAAGCCAAUUUUGGACGGCCGACGAGCUGAGGUGCGAAAUGAACCUUACCGAAUGGCUGCGAUUGAUGAAUUACCUCAAAUUGCUCAUCGCAGGGCAAUCGCUGCUGUUGACUGGGUCGACUUAUUAGCCGAAAUAGCUGCUAUUACUGACACAGAAGAUAAGGCUCGUUAA